AUGCAUACAAGAACAACACAAUUAUCGAUGCGUACAAAUAAUUCUGUGGAAGCAUGGCAUCGUCGUAUACGAUGUGUAUUUCAAUGCGCACAUCCUACGCUUUGGUCAUUUUUACAAAAACUAAUUCAUGAAGAACAUGCAACGCAUGCUGAUGUUGUUCAUAUAAAUAGUGGUGAAGCACCAAAACAUAAAAGUAAAACAAAUGAACGGUUUGAACGGCGUCUUUUAAAUCUUUUAUUGCAUCCACAUGAUGAUAUUCUUAUGCAACUAAAUAAUAUUGCACAUAAUAUUUGCUUAUAA